UUGGCUCCGCCCCCUCGGGCUUCGCUUCCGGGGCGGAAGGGACGGCCACGUAAUCGGCCAGGCUGGCCCGCGGAGCGGUGAUGGUGGGAGGCAAGAUGGCGGCGGCCGCUAGCAUUCGGGAGAGGCAGACAGUUGCUUUGAAGCGUAUGUUGAAUUUCAAUGUUCCUCAUGUUAAAAACAGCACAGGAGAACCAGUAUGGAAGGUUCUCAUUUAUGACCGAUUUGGCCAAGAUAUAAUCUCUCCUCUGCUGUCUGUGAAGGAACUGAGAGAUAUGGGAAUCACUCUGCAUCUGCUUUUGCACUCUGAUCGAGAUCCUAUUCCAGAUGUACCUGCAGUGUAUUUUGUAAUGCCAUCUGAAGAAAAUAUUGAUAGAAUGUGCCAGGAUCUUCGUAAUCAGCUAUAUGAAUCAUAUUAUUUAAAUUUUAUUUCUGCUAUUUCAAGAAGUAAAUUGGAAGAUAUUGCAAAUGCAGCAUUAGCAGCUAGUGCAGUAACACAAGUAGCCAAGGUUUUUGAUCAGUAUCUCAAUUUUAUUACUUUGGAGGAUGAUAUGUUUGUAUUAUGUAAUCAAAAUAAGGAACUUGUUUCAUAUCGUGCCAUUAAUAGACCAGAUAUCACAGACACAGAAAUGGAAACAGUUAUGGACACUAUUGUUGACAGCUUGUUCUGCUUUUUUGUUACACUGGGUGCUGUUCCUAUUAUCAGAUGUUCAAGGGGAACCGCAGCAGAAAUGGUGGCAGUGAAACUAGAUAAGAAACUUCGGGAAAAUCUAAGAGAUGCAAGAAAUAGUCUUUUUACAGGUGACACACUGGGAGCUGGCCAGUUCAGCUUCCAAAGGCCAUUAUUAGUCCUUGUUGACAGAAACGUAGAUUUGGCAACUCCUUUACACCAUACUUGGACAUAUCAAGCACUGGUGCAUGAUGUGCUGGAUUUCCACUUAAACAGAGUAAAUUUGGAAGAAUCUUUAGGAGUGGAAAACUCUCCAGCUGGUGCUAGACCAAAGAGAAAAAACAAGAAGUCUUAUGAUUUAACUCCAAUUGACAAAUUUUGGCAGAAACAUAAAGGAAGUCCAUUUCCAGAAGUUGCAGAAUCAGUUCAGCAAGAAUUGGAAUAUUAUAGAGCCCAAGAAGAUGAAGUCAAACGACUUAAAAGCAUUAUGGGGCUAGAAGGGGAAGAUGAAGGAGCCAUAAGUAUGAUUUCUGACAAUACUGCUAAGUUAACAUCAGCUGUGAGUUCUUUGCCAGAACUUCUUGAAAAAAAAAGACUUAUUGAUCUCCACACAAAUGUUGCUACUGCUGUUUUAGAGCACAUAAAGCAAACCUUUCUCUUGGAUAUCGAUUGGCAACAGCAUUCAUCGUACCAGUGUUUGUACCUCAUAAAAGUACUCAGAAGGACAGAACUGUUUCACAAAGUGACAGGAAUGGUUCUUGAGAAGGUUUGGUAUAAGCCAUCCUGAGGUUCUCUAUUUAAAAUUUUUGAGAACUGUCCCUUUAAGUAAAGUGCUUUGUACAUGGUAGGUGCUGGCUGACUUAUUCAAGCUAGACAAUUUGUACUCAGAUACCUUUCCUCUUAGAUUUUGCUUCUUUGUAAUCAGUGUCGUGACGUCAUCACUUUUAUGUAACAGCUUUAUUGAGAAUACAAUUCAUGUGUCAUAUAGAUAGUGCACUUUUUAAAAGUAUAUAAUUCAGUGGUUUUUAUUGCAUUCACAGUUGUUACAAUCACAGUCAAAAUAAUUUUAGGAACUUUUUGCAUCUCAAAAAAUAAAACCCUGCCCAUAAAAUUGCUUUUGGACUCAAUUUGCAUUGUUGCUUAGAAAUAGAAGUUAAUACAUUAAGAAAGGAAAACUAAGUCAAAUGUGUAUACCUACAGGUGGACCAUAUUUUUUCACUGAUAUAUAUAUAAUUAUCAUAGUCAGUAAAGUCUACCAUGGCAUUUAGUGUAAUUUAUUUAAUAUCUGGAGUUUUUAAAAAUAUUUUCACCUCUAGAAAUUCAAUCUAGUUUCUUGCUUUUAAAAUCACUUCUAGGUUGCUCUUAGCUUCAAAUUCAAUAAACUCAAGUACCUGCUAUGAUCCAGGUACUACAUUAAACCCCUGGGGUUAAGCAGUUAAUUAGAUUCUAAAGAUUCUAAAGAGUUUAUAAUUUUAAGGGAGUGAUAUAUAAACAUAGGACUUAUAUAAUGUGGCCAUUUUUAUUAUGGAGAGCUAUAUAAAAUGCUUUUAGUACACAGAUAAGGGAAUAAUGAGUUCUGGUUAAGGAGACUGGGGGAAGAGACAGGAAAGGAAGAAAGCAGACACAUUUCAAAGAACGUAGACAUUGGAAAUGAGUAACAUUCAUUGAUUACAUGAUUAGAGGAGGAAUAUUAUCUUCAGAAGCAAACAAAAUAACCUAAAUUAAAGGAACACCUAGUGCUUACAAAAUAUUGGAGUUUUUUGAUAGGGCUAGAGGUAACUGAACCUAGUAAAUAAUUCUGGAAUAGGAAAGGUUAACUGGGCUAGAUUGUGAAGAUCCUAAAAGUGAGCUUAAUACCAUGUUUUAUUGUCUCCGUCAUUCCUGACUUCAAUGUAAAGAACAACUUUUCCAAUUUAAUAUUCUCAUUAAUAUGAUUCCUACUAUCAUUUUAGUUCCCUAUGAGUUUUAUUAGACUUCUUAUACUUCUGUACUUUCUAUGUCCUUUCUUAUCUUUUAUAUCUCUUUUGUCCAUUUUAAUAUUUUUAAGAUUUUAUCACAUGUAGGACUUUACUCCUUACCUAUUUUAAUAUUCAGAAUUGCUUUAUUAAGUAGCUAAAAUAGUUCCACUGUACCUACAUUAAUCAGCUUUCCCUUUGCUGGACAUAAUUCUCAAUACCCACAAUUUAAAGGUGGAGAAUUUUAAUUUGACUAAUGGUUUCAGGAGAUUCUGUCUGGUCACCUGGCUGUAAGGCAGAAACAUCAUGGCAAAUGGACAUAGCAAGGCAAAGAUAAUUAGUCCAUAGUGGCCAGGAAGUAAAUAAGGGCAACAGUGCCAGAGAAGAAGGAGGAGAGAACCAGAUAAGAGACCCCAAGGCCAUGCCUUAAUGCCCUCCUCGGAUGCUCUAGAAGUAUGCUUUACUAACCCCUGAGUAACCCCAGACCAAUCAAGUUGACAAAAUUAAGGUUAAUUAGCAGUUCCUUGUGAACAUGGCUCCUUAACCUUUUGGAGUUGAUAUCACAGUUGGUAUGAUAGAUGCGAGCAAAUUCUUUUUUUUUUUUUAUCAGUACCAGGGAUCGAACUCAUGACUGCCUGCUUGCAAGGGAGGUGCUUAUGCCGCUGAGCUAAAUCCCCAGCCCAAGCAAAUUCUUGUUACAUGUUGUUAAAGGGUAACACCUGACCCUUUACUUUCACAGAGUUAAAUACUUAUCAAAUAAAGACAAUAGCAAAUUCUUAAGUCUACCUAACAUGUUUGUACUGUCUUGUGUAUAACCAAAAAUAUAAUAAUCCUUUCCAAAUGUCUUCACAGUCCUAGAAUUGCUACAAAAAGCCCAAUCAAAGUCUUUUGAAACUCAAGGCAAUCUCUUAGCUGUGAAUCCCUUUAAAAGUCAAAAACAAGUUGUAUAAUCCCAAGAUACAGGGCACCAGGGUUAUCAUUCCCAUUUCAGAAGAAAGAAAAAGGGAUAGGUAGAAAUAGAAUCAAAGGAAGACUAAAAUUAAGGAAAACAAACAUUAGGUCCUAUAGAUCUGUAUCUGGCAUCCAGGGCACAUGGAGAUGAGAGCUCCUCAGGACUUGGGCCCACGUACCCCUUUGACCUUGGCUCUCCUAAGGCAGGAGCUUUCCUGUAUACAUGUUCCAGGUUCCUGGUAUUUUCACUAUACUUUUGGAUUCAGUCCCAUAGCUAUAUUCACUACAUUCUCAGGGGCUCCUUGCCUGGCUGUCCAAGCCACCUUCAAAAUCUAGGUGGAAACGUUUGACUCCACAAUUAUUACAUUCUGCAUGCCAAUAAAAUCAGCCUCAUGUGAUGUCAACCAGUAUGGGCAGUGGCCGGGCCUCCUUGGAUCCUGGCCACAGCAACCUGUGAGUGUCUGGAUAAUUGAGCACAGUGAAAUGAACCUCAGGAACAAAUUCCUUGCUUCUGUUGAUCAGGGGUCCUAGGGACUGUCAAAUGAACAGUUUAUACAUUUGUAUCCUUGAGCCUUCGAGAGAUGAGAUCAGGGGUCCUAGGGACUGUCAAAUGAGCAGUAUAUACAUUUGUAUCCUUGAGCCUUCAAGAGAUGAGAUCAUACUGAUUUUUAAAAUGUCCUCAACAAAGUCAUCUUAUGCCCUGUAAAAGAAGAAAGUACUUGGUUUCUUUUUAAUGUUGCUAAUCUCUUCAGCAACGAUAUUCUUGACCCAUCUUUAUACAUGAUUCUUUCUGGCCCCAAAUUUAAGUUAAUCAGAUUUUUCUAUUUUUGCUGCCAGUUUUUACUAUAAAACCAGCUAAAAGUAAGCCAGGGUAUCCAUGUUACACCCUGAACAUAGAGCUACAUGAAAUUUCAUCCACUUUCUUUAAUCUCAGUCUCCUGAAAAGUCCCAGCAUGUAGACAAAACUUGGAUUUUCUGCCCAAGUGCACCACAUGUAGUUUCCAGUCCAACUACCAGUAGAGUGCUUUUCCUUGGCCUUCACUGUUGGUGUUCUAUCUGCAUUCUCAUCUUCUGAGCUCUGACCAGAAUCAUGCACCAGACUCUGUUUACAGCUUUCUAGGAUUUCUCUAGCUCCUAUCUCCAGACCUUUCCAAAUUUCUCCUAUAAACCAGUUCCCAAGGCUUCUAAACCAUAUAGGCAUGUCAAUAGCCCAGCUUCUCCUGUAGGAAUUUUCUGGUAGUAAACUUUACUGUUGUUAAACACAAUACUGAGUGCUCAAAGCUUGAGGUUUAAUUUGCCUGUGGUUUCCUACGACUAUUUAAAUGAUCAACUGGUGCUAAGAAAGAAACUUCAGGGUAGGUGGGCCUGACAGAGUAGAGAUGCUUAGUUCAAGAUGGGGAGGAAGCAGAGUGGGGCAACAGUGCUGGAGGAGAAGUGAGGGACCAGAUACUAUAAACCUCGAGGUCAUAUCUCCAUAACCCACGCAGACACAGCCAAAAGCGUGCUUCACCAACCUUAGGAGAUCCCAGGUCAGUCAAGGUGACACAGUGAAACUUAACCAUCACAAUUCCUAGAUCAAGAAGUCUGAAGAAUGUAAAGGGCUGGGAAUUUGAUAAUGGAUUUGCUUCAUUAGAUUUUUAUCAAGAUUUUAGUGGCAAGAAAAUUCUGUUGUCUGUAUUUCUGCUUGAAAUGAAAGGGCAAAGGAAGUGGAAGGUUGUUAAAAUAUAUGUUCUGUUUGCUCAUAUUUAUGAACUGGAAGUAUAGAAUAAAAUAAAUGUCUAUUGGAGCAGGUAGAAUUGGGGUAGAAAAGAUUGGUGAGAGCUGAGAUUUCUCAAUAUAUACCUUUUCAUGUUGUUCCUAUUUUUGAACUAUCUGAAUAUUUCAUCUAUCAAUCUGUAGCCUAAUGGCCUCUGCAAUUAAGAGUACUAUGAUUAUUUCUGUUGUCCAUGUGUGAAAUACAUUCAUUAGUCCACUAUUUAAAUGUCUAUCCUCCUGUGUGCCUUGGUACAAUUUGUUUGACUGAAAUGGACAUGUCUUUGUCUCCAGAUCAUUUUCAGAAUUCGUCACUUCCUCCAUAAUUAUUUGUCAUCUUAGCAGAAUGUAUUUAUUUUCCAUAUUUAUAUUUUAUGUUAUUGCUAAGUAUCCAUAUUCAUGUUAUGAAUUGUUUCUAUUCUGCCUUUAAUUGUUAAUGCCUUCAAGUUAGAAAGAAAUGCAUUUUCUCUUCUGUAGUACUAAAUAGAAUUUAAUAAAUAUUUGAAAACUUUUAUUUACUCUGGCGCAGUGAUUGCAAACCUUUUAGAACUUUGAAGAAUAACAAAUAGCCUAGUGCAGCAUGUGUGCCAUGAAUUCGCCAAUAUUGCUCUGGAGGAUUCUAAUGCAGUAUUUAAUUUGGAUAAUCUUAAUCACCAAGGUUUUAAAUUAGUGGAAAUACCUUUUUUUAAGCAGUAGCAAAGUUUAUUUGAAGAAGUAAAAGUGAGCAGUGAGAGAGAAACGAGCUACAGAUCAAGCUUGGUUGAAGAAAGGAAAAAAAAAAAUAAGAUAAAAGUACACCUUGGAGGAAGGGGGCAGGAAAACCACAGUAGCCAGUAAAGAUCCUGUAUAGAAAAAUUUUACUACUUUUCCAUUAUGUAAAACUUUAGUGUACUACAAUGGAGAAUUAGAAGAGUUUUAUUUAAGGUAAAAGCGUUGAAAAUAAAUUAAGCUGACUUCUGGCAGUUAAGGUAAAAACAAAAAUGUGAGUUUGAACACUCAAAGAAAUACACAUAACAUGAUCCCUUGACUAAUUUGCAUGGAGUACAAUUUGAUUUGUGUUCUAAUUGUGAACUGUGUGUUUUUUAUUUUUACUAAUAUAUAUGAGACAUGCAAAGUUUGUUCUGUUGUGGGGGAAAAAAGGUAACAUACUACUUCGGUUGUUUUGUUUUAUACAUUAAGUACAUGAUCAAAAGUGAGAAACUAAAUUCUACUAGGAAAUAAGCAUUUAUUUUUAAAAUUGAUCAUAGAAAAUAAAAAUUUUAAGCACUUAGUAUAUUUUUAUUAAUAUCGUCCCAUCUAAUGUUUAUUUUGAAAUAGGCAAGGAAGCUGGAUGUAUAUUUUGAAUAUGAAGAAAAGAUAAUGAGCAAAA